AUGUAUUUUAUAAUUAUCCUAUUUUUUUUUGAUUAGAUUAAAUCAUAAAAAAUCGCUUUUGGUUCUUGCUAUAAUUAUGAAGAUCCAGAAUCAUUAAUCUUCUUUGAAAUAGCCAAACAUAAGCCAGUACAUGAAAUAUUUAUACAAAUAGGAAACAUUCAUUUGGUUAGGAGAUGCUGCUUAUGUUACUUCUAAAACUAAUUAAAACAAAAGAAUGUCAGAAUUAAAUUCAACAAUAAUAGAAUACAAAUUUAAUCUUACAAAAUAUAAUCCUGGCUACUAAAAAUUGUUAAAAUCAACAUCAAUAAAUGGAGUAUGGGAUGAUCAUGAUUAUAAUGAAAGGGAUGGAAUAUAUUCUAAUCCAACUAAAGAAAUGACAAGAUAAUUGUACUUAGAUUUUUUAGAUGUCACAAUUGAUGAUGAAAGAAGAAACAGAAAAGAUGGAAUUUAUUAUUCCUUUAAAUUAAAAAAUACUAAAAUAAUACUUCUCGAUGUAAGAUGGAAUAGAAAUCCAGAAGAAUAAGAUGUCCUUGGAUAAAACUAAUGGUUUUGGUUAGAGAAUGAACUUCAAGAUAAAGAAACUGAUUUUUUUAUUAUAGGAAGUGGAUCAUAAAUUUUACCUAAUGAUGUAUAUAUUCAUUAUUCUAAAAUCUAGAGAUUAUUUAUUGAUGUUUGGUAUUAAAAGAGUAGAAAUAGACUACUUUAAAUGUUAAAACAUAAAAAUGUAUUACUCAUAACAGGAGAUGUUCACUUUGCUGAAAUUUUAUAAGACCCAUGUACAAACAUAAUUGAAGUUUGUUCAUCUGGAUUAUCAUAUGGAUCUCAUUAUCGAAAUAUAUUAAGAGGUCUUUUUGAAUUUUUCGCAGAAUUAUUUUAGCCAGACACAUAUUCAUAAUAUUAUGAACGAUUUGCUGAUAAAAACUAUGCUCUUAUUGACAUUGAUGAAUAAAAAAUUUCAAUUUAUAAUGAAACUUCACUUUUAUACUAAAUUGGCUUUAAUAAAAAAACUGACAUAAAAUGUGAGGAUAUUGAAACUGUUCCAAUAAUUCUUAAGUACUUUUGGAAUUUUAAAAAUAAAAUAAAUGCUUUUUUUUAAAUGCUGUUGUUUUUUUAAAUAGUGAAAGUAUUGAAAAUAUGUAUGGUUCUUUUGACUUUAAUAAUUUUAUUUCUUUAUGGAGUGUUUAGAUUUUUUGGAUUAUCUAUUAUAAAAAAGAAGAAUUAACAAAUUAAAUAAAAAAUUGAAUGA